AAAAGUGCUGAAACAAGUUGAAACUUUCAACAAUUGUACAGUGGAGAAACGCAAUAAAACACAAUCUUUAACGAAACAAUUGUUCUUCGUCGGUAUUACUCAUACGUUGCGUAACUUCUUCCGGACACGCGAACGAAAACAUAUUUCGAAGACUACUACCGAAGACAAACGAUAACAUCGUGAAAGAUCUACAUGCCAGUACAGUUGUGUCAUUAUCAACGACUCCACGCUUUUUCGGCAGCUGAAACAUCUUUCGAAAGGAAAUUUCGAUUGCUCUCGAAACGGUGAAGAUUGUUUACAAUGGCCUUCACCUGGAGACUGACAGUCACGGCACUUCUGGGUAGAAAUGUACGCGAUCAAAAAUGUCGAUUCUUCUCCGUAAGCUGCUUUCGCUGCGGGACCGUCGUCCCCUUCAAACUAUCGGAUAUCGGAGAAGGAAUUCGAGACGUCACGAUAAAAGAGUGGUUCGUGAAACCAGGCGACCGGGUGUCUCAAUUCGAUAACAUUUGUGAGGUUCAAAGCGACAAAGCAUCUGUGACGAUUACCAGCCGUUACGACGGAUUAAUUAAAGCCUUGCACUACAAGGUGGACGACGUAGCUCUGAUAGGAGAUUCAUUGCUGGACAUCGAACUAGAUGGUGAUAAUGGGAACAUGGAAGUUAAGACGACGAUGAUCUCUGACAAACAGCAUCCGCAACAACAAACUAUAAAAACCGAUAACAAGCAGAGCGUUAAAGGUGACGAGGAAGACUGCGCAGUAAAAUAUGGGUUAGACAAGGCGCUAGCAACUCCUGCGGUCAGAAGAAUAGCUAUGGAGAAUCAUAUUAAGCUAAAGGACGUCAUUCCUACGGGCAAAGGUAAUCGAAUACUUAAAGAGGAUAUAUUGACUCAUUUGGAAAAAAUGUCUACUAGCUCCGAGAAAAAAAGGGUCGAAGAAAAAUCAACGGCGGAAACGGUGAUACCGAUAAAAGGCUAUGCCAAGCAUAUGUGGAAAACGAUGACGCAGUCUCUGAGUAUACCACACUUUGUGUACAGCGAUGAGUGUAACGUUAACAGACUGAUGGACUACCGAAACGAAGUGAAGGAUUCGGUGAAAGAGCAAGGCGUUUCUUUAAGCUUGAUGCCGUUUUUCAUAAAAGCCGCAUCUAGAGCAUUAGAAAAGGUACCACAGCUAAACGCCUGGCUUGAUGAAGAAAAUCAAACGUUACGUAUUCAAAAGAGGCAUAACAUCGGUAUUGCUAUGGAUACACCUGAGGGCUUAAUUGUACCGAAUAUUAAAAAUGUUCAGGAUUUAGAUAUUAUAGAGAUCGCAAAGCAAUUAAACCGUCUUCAAGAACUUGGAAGAAAAUCUUCGAUCCCGCCAAACGAUUUAUCGAAUACAACGUUUUCACUGUCGAACAUAGGUGUUGUGGGCGGUACAUAUACAAAACCGGUGAUUCUUCCUCCACAAAUUGUGAUCGGCGCGUUUGGAAGAGUGCAAAAAUUACCACGCUUCGACGAUAAAGGAAACGUAGAAGCCGCAAACAUAAUUUCCAUUAGCUGGGCUGCCGAUCAUCGAAUAGUGGAUGGCGUCACAAUGGCUAAGUAUUCAAAUCUCUGGAAACAUUACAUUGAAAACCCUGUAUUUUUACUGUUAGGAGCGUGAAAAUGUAUUUUGAAGUAAGGAUGUUUUUUAUGGGAAUUUUUUAUACGUAAUAAGUUACAAAUGAUUAAAAAACUUUAUACCAUACUUGAAUAUUAUCGAUAAGGAUUGAUAUGUAGAGUAUAAUGAAGUGUUUAAACAUUUUGUACGUAAAUAUUAAUUUAUUUAUUGCUGCACAACCAACUAGGACUUUUUAAGAAAGGUAAAAUAUCUUUUUCUAACAAAUUCAAAGUUUCAUACAACUGUAUGGUAGUCAUUAUAUGAUGACCAGUUAAACCACUGUGAGCAUUUCUUGUACAUUUAAUCUAUCAUACAUUGUAAUACAAAUUGUUUGAACAGAUAUUCCAAAAAAAUAUGUCAAGGAAGUGGUUGUACUAAUUAAUGUUGUCUUUUAAAUACCUUUUUUCUUCGACUUAAUUGGAAUAUUAUUCAAUCAAAUUAUUGAAAGCAUUGGUUAAUCUUAUAAAAUGAAGAAAUUAUUAAAAACUAAUAUCGAAUAAAAUAUUGAUUGCAAUGAAGAUCUAAAUAAUGAAUACAACCACUUGUACACUUAUAUAUUUUCAAUUUUUUAUAUAUACAGUUUCAUGUAUCGCAUUUUUAAUCACACAUUUUCCAUACAAUCAAUACAUUCCAUUAAAUGCCACUUAAAUAUUUGCUCAAAAAGUAGUCAGUCUGUUUAGUAGUUAGAGUAGUAGAAAAGAUUGUAUAUGCAUUUCAUGGUCCAAAAUUUUUUUUGACAAUCAAAAUUUCAAUUUAUGCUGCAGAAGACAUUAAUUGAGUAUUUGAGCAUAAAAUAAUAUUUAAAAUGAGAUGUUAUAUCUUGCUAAAAAAGUAUUAAUACAUAUGCAAAAUCCAGUUUGUACAUUUGUUAUGUAUAAACAAAUAGAAUAUUUAUUGAAACAUAAAGCAUACAAUAAAUAAGCAUUCUUUUCUAUUAUAAAUCUUAUACAUAAAAUUGAUGUUAAAAAAAUACACAAAAUAUUAAUAAAAAUACAAGUAUUAUCAGGCGAAAAUAUAAUCCACCUUCGAUUAUACUUCUUACUUUCCAAUAUGACUAGGUAUGCAGAUUAUUAUUGAUAAUAUAGUUAGUUCAAAAAUUUAAAUAUCAAGCUGCUUUUAUGUAUACCUUAUAUAUUAUAGAACUACAUGUACUCAUAAAAAAUAAUCAAAACAUAUAUAAUUUUUACUAAGAAUUGGGUAUAUAGUCAUCUAAAAUUACUUUCACAAAAUACCUAAAUCAAAAAUAAUCUGUUCUUUUUGUCAGUUUACUUCUAAAAUAUAUCAAAAUUCUACGUAUUUCCCAUAGAAGGUGUAUUUCUUAUUCAGUGAAUAAGUAUCACCGGUAUUUCGCGAAACAAAUCUUUCUGUAAGUAUAACAUUUUUUUUUAUAAUUCUUGAUUCUGGAAGUUCUAUGCUUCAUUAUAGUUUCAAAUAAUGUACUGAGAUAUUCAAAGCUCUGAUAAUUAUAGAAGAGAACAAUUCAUAUAUAUUUGAAGUUAUGCUGAACAUACACAAGCUCAUGUAUGUAUAGUUUUCCACUGUAUAGCUACCAUAUAAGUGUAAUAUCGUUUUAAGCGAGUUAUUUAAAAAAUUACUACAAAAAUGAAUAUCAAAAAAUAUUUUGUAUCGACUUUGAAAAACAUCAAAAAAAUAUAGAAAGCAAUAAAAUCAAACAAUACAUAUUUACUUAAA